CAGUGCUACAGAUGAUGUCAGGAUUUGGUGCCAUCGUUUUUAUCUCUUUCUUGCUCUGAUUGUUGUAUUUUAAAGAGAAGAUGGCUUCAGGGGGGAAUCAAAGGGAGAAGCGUGCUAAAGAGGACACGGUGGAGAGUCUUGCUGAGGUCUUUCGAUGUUUCAUCUGUAUGGAAAAACUUCAUGAUGCAAGACUUUGUCCACAUUGCUCGAAGCUCUGCUGUUUUUCCUGUAUUGGGCGCUGGUUGACAGAACAGAGGUCUCAAUGUCCACACUGCAGGGCCCCUUUACACCUGCACGAGCUGGUGAACUGCAGGUGGGCAGAGGAAGUCACCCAGCAGUUAGACACCUUACAACACCGUCCCCCGAAGAACAAGCCAGAGGACUCCGGCAAAGACACGUGUGAGAUUCAUAAAGAUAAGCUGAGUGUGUACUGCUGGACCUGUAAACUGUGCAUCUGUCAUCAGUGUGCCCUGUGGGGAGGAACUCAUUCGGGUCACACAUUCAAACCCCUAGACAGUGUCUAUGAUGAACACGUGAAGAAGAUCGAUGAAGAACUCAAUCAGCUUAAGAGACGGCACAUAGAACUCAUCAGCUUAGUACAAGAUGUUGAGCGUAAUGUGGAGAGUGUUAAAAAUGCCAAAGAUGAGCGUGUACGAGAGAUUCGAAAUGCAGUGGAGUUGAUGAUAGCCCGCCUGGACACACAGCUCAAGAGCAAGAUACUCACACUUAUGGCUCAGAGAGGUCAGCAGACUCAGGAAACUCAGCUGCUAGAGUCGUUGAUUCAGGAGGUCCAACAUCAGAUUUCCAUCUGUGGCAAGAGCGAACUCAUCAAGAAAAGCUCAGAACUGCUACAGAUGUUCCAUCAGGUGCAUCGCAAACCCAUGGCCUCCUUUGUCACAGCACCUGUGCCAGCAGACUUUACCAGUGAGAUAGUACCCCAGUAUGACUCCAGCACUUUUGUUAUGAACAACUUCAGCUUGUUACAACAGAGGGCAGAUCCUGUAUACAGUCAGCUGCUGAGUGUCUCAGGGCUUAGCUGGAGGCUCAAAGUUUACCCGGAUGGCAAUGGCGUGGUCAGGGGGAACUACUUAUCUGUAUUUCUAGAGUUAUCUAAUGGCCUACUGGAGACAUCUAAGUAUGAAUAUCGUGUGGAGAUGGUUCAUCAAGCUUCCCGAGACUCCAGUAAGAAUAUUGUCCGUGAGUUUGCCUCAGAUUUUGAGGUAGGGGAGUGCUGGGGCUACAACAGGUUCUUCAGACUGGAUCUCCUGGCUAGCGAAGGUUACCUCAGCACCGAGAAUGACACUCUUAUCUUACGUUUUCAAGUCCGCCCACCUACUUUCUAUCAAAAGUGUAGAGACCAGCAAUGGUAUGUCAACCAAUUAGAGGCUGCUCAAGCUCGACAUAUCACUCAGAUUAAUGAUCUCAAGGAGAGAUUGGCGUUAGAACUGUCCCGUAAUCAACACCGUCCCACAGGAAGGAGAGGACUGGCGUCACCUGCAGAAUCUCCAUUGCCACCCGUGGAGCUUCAAUGUAGUGAGACACCAACCCCAAACUUAGCUGUUCCCCUCCCCACUAGGGGACGUGCGGGUCAGUGUGCAGAGCUUGAGGUAGAGCGGGGUCACACAGCAGCUCUGGAGGAGGAAGAUGGGGGAGAUUCAGACAGUAGCGGAUCUCUCACGCAGGAGGAAAUCAGCGACACUGAGAUAGAGGAUGCCAUAGAUGUGGUGGAAGAUGCCCCAGGGGAGGCCCAUACAGACACAGGGGUGCGGGGUACACCACUCGACAACAGCAAUGAGGAAAAUGACAUUGAUGAGGAAACAAUGUCUGUAGACAAUGAUGUAGAAAACAGUAUUAACUGGGGAGAGCUGGAGUUAGAGGCACUGGGGAUUCCCCCACGGCGACGCCCACAGGGUCAGCCUGCCCAGACAGACAGCAGCAGCACCCGUGGUGAGGGUACAGAUGACGAGACGGUCCUGUUACAGUUUCUGAGGGACAGAACCACUACCCCUGAGAGACGAUGGACCCUCCCCUCACACACAGACCUCCUGCUGUCAGAAGCAGCAGGUUCCAGCACAGGUUCAAAGUCCUCUUCCAACUGGUUGGUUAACAUUGCCAUGAACCUGGCUAGAGAAUCCACCAAGCACAAAGACAGUGCUGGCACUACAGGUAGUAGUUCAUGUGCCCAGGACGGCACUACUUCAGCUCGGGACCGUAACAACCUGGUUCAGCAGUUCCUGUCUCCUGGAGAUGUCCUGGAGCAAAUACAGGCCCGCUUCACUGAACUAACAGCCACCACAAUGGCUGCCGCAGAUUCAGCUGUGACGAGUGAGAAUGAGGCCAAAGCCAAAGUGAAGCACGUUUCUGCAACAGACAAGAAAUCAGGUAAGAAAUCUAAGUCCGCCAUUAGUGCUAUAGUCCAACCCCUGCGGAACUCUCUGGAUGAUAAGCCCUGCCCGGUUUCUGAGCCCUUGGUGGGGAAGAAAGGGAAGAACAUUGGAGCAGCUGCUCUGUCAGAUGAGGAUAAUGAGAAUACAGAGAAUGACCCCGAGCUUGAGCAGUUCCCUAACUCUGAUCUCUCUUCUUCAUUCCUCUCCCUGCCAUCGAGCCCCACACCAAGGAUGAGGCGGAAGAAAAUUGACAAGAGCAAUAUACACAUCCAGAAGCCUUUCACACAGGACUCUGGCGAGUUAAAUGUGAGGCCAGAGGAGGGAGAUCAAGACGAACUGGAGCAGUAUCCGUGUUCUGACCUGUCAGCAUCAUCACUUCUCUCCAUCAAAUCUACCACUGCCGCACGUUCAAGGUGAAUCUACGUGUAUACAAUGUAACGUUGUGAAAUGAUCGUGAACGAGGAGUAAGAUGCAAACCAAGAAAAUGAUGAUUCAUUCGGCUCAUUGUCAAUUCCCACAUUCCGUCAUGGCAAAAUAGAGCCUAUAAAAACAUAUGCUCAUAAUUAAACAUGGCAGGGUUGGUUGGGCAUGAGCUGCAGGCUUUGAAGUGCCUUUAGAGGAGACCGCCCCAAGGCCUGUGACCCAUGAACCUGGCC